AUGGCGGACGAGUCGAUUUCUUUAGAAUUAAGCAGACAUGUAACUGAUAUCAUAAGUUGUCUUCAACGAAGUACUGGUCAGAAUGAUGUAAUGCAAUUCCGCCUCGACUGGUUAUACAAUGCUGUUGUACGUUAUUGUGACAAUAUCCCUUCUGGGGAGGCAGUACUGGCCCUUAUUCAAGAAGCGAAAGAACUGCUAAGAGAAAAUGAGAAUGGUAGUUGUAGUGAGAACGUCGCGUUUCAAGCAGAGGUUGCAACUACUGGCAAGCGAGGUAGACCACGCAUUAUCAUUGCAAAGGAUCAGCUCGAGUUUUUUUUAGAUUUGGGGUUUAAAUCCGGAGAGAUUGCAUCUCUGCUUGGUAUCAGUGAAAGCACUGUUAAACGAAGAAUUCGUGAGUAUGAAACAUUUGUGAGGCAAAGAUAUUCAAAUAUUACUGAUGAAACUUUGGAUGGCCUUGUUGAAGAAUUAAUGAGAGAAUUUCCCAAUUGUGGCUACAAGAGGAUGACAUGCAGCACCAAUAACCUGGCAAGUACGGUACUCGAUUGCUUUCUCCAAGCAGUUGGGGGUUUUGGUCUACCUUCAAGAGUACGGUCUGAUAAGGGUGGCGAGAAUGUAGACGUUGCACGUUACAUGUUGAGUCACCCGUUACGCGGACCUGAUAGAGGGAGCCAUAUUGCUGGGCGAAGCGUACAUAACCAAAGAAUAGAACGUCUUUGGAGAGACCUUUUUUGUGGAUGUCUUCAUGUAUACUACAACCUUUUCUAUGCAAUGGAACGUUCUGGAAUGCUUGACGCAUCAAAUGAGCUUCAUUUAUUUACCCUUCACUUUGUGUAUGUUCCAAGAAUUAACCAAACAAUGCAAUUAUUUGCCCAAGGGCAUAACAGGGCUCCCAUCUCUACAGAGAGGGGAAAGAGUCCUCUUCAACUGUGGAUCUCUGGUGCUGUCUCAGCUUCAAAUCGUGGAAUUGAUGAAUUCUGGAGUCAGGGUGACUACUAUGGUGUUGACUGGGAUGGCCCUGCACCAGAUGUUAGCUUAGAUGAUGAAACUCCAGUUGUAGUUCCCAACACAACAAACCCACUGGAACCAGCUCAGUACUCAUCACUCACAAACUUAAUUAACCCUCUACGCAACAGUGAUGAAUAUGGAGUUGACAUCUACCUGGAGGUACUAACAUUUCUUCAAGAAACAGCAACGAGCAGUUAAAGAUUUAAAAAAAAGGGACAAAUUAUAUUAAUGAAAUGAGUUUAAUAAAACAUCCAAAUAUGUACCACCGUUAAAAAAGGUGCAAGAACUUGUAAUUACUGAUAAUGACAUCCAUUUCUUGAAAACACUAAUGGUCUGUCACAUCCAUUUUUUAACUUAGAAAGAGUACUUAUAUUUGCUUCUAACAAAUGCUCGACCAAACCAAAACAUUCCAAAGGUGGCCUGUGGUAUAACAUUUUUCAUUUCAUGUCCCGGCACUAGAUUUUUACUUUUGAAUAACCAAAGAAAAAAAAACAUCAUCAUGGCCGAGACUACACUCUGACAAGCUGGCAGAGGAGAUACAUUUGUUACAUUUCAAAAUUCAACAGUGAUUAACGUGAGCAAUGCAGUCAAAACUAGUGGCUUGUAAACUGUAACAAUAUAAAUAAAAAGAGAUCCUUACGAA